GCUCGCGCAUGCGCAGUUAGCAGUCGCUGCUGGGCGGCUGCCGGCGGGAUCGGUCUGGGGAGACGCAGGGGACCGAGUAGCAGCCAGUCGGACACCUGAGCUGCCGCUGCCGGACACAAGCCCUUAGGACAGGUGUGUGGACCGCGGGGCCGGGGUGAGGAAUCCGGUCCGGAUGCCCGGGCUGCCCCCGAUUCUGAGUCCAGAAGAUUCAGCUGGGUGCGGCCAGAUGGUCAAUAUGCGUUUCCAAGGUGUUGGACUAUGCUUGAGUCUUCUGUUCAUCACUGUCAAUGCAGAAUUUAUGAAUGAUGGUGUUGAAGUGGAAGACUUCAAUGGAAAUUCAGAAGAGAGUAAUAUUAAAGAAGAUGAGACUUCCUCAGGGACUAUUAAAUAUAAGACACCUCAGCCUAUAGGAGAAGUGUAUUUUACAGAAACAUUUGACAGUGGAAAGCUGGCUGGGUGGGUCUUAUCAAAAGCAAAGAAGGAUGAUAUGGAUUCAGAAAUUUCCAUAUAUGAUGGAAGAUGGGAAAUAGAAGAACUGAAGGAAGACCAGGUACCCGGCGACCGAGGACUGGUUCUGAAGUCUAAAGCCAAGCACCACGCAAUAUCUGCGGUCCUCGCAAAACCUUUUGUUUUCUGUGAUAAACCUUUGGUAGUUCAAUAUGAAGUCAAUUUCCAAGAUGGUAUUGACUGUGGAGGUGCAUACAUUAAACUGCUAGCAGACACUGAUGAUUUGAUUCUGGAAAACUUUUAUGAUAAAACAUCCUAUACCAUCAUGUUUGGACCAGAUAAAUGUGGAGAAGAUUAUAAACUUCAUCUUAUCUUCAGACACAAACAUCCCAAAACUGGAGCUUUUGAAGAAAAGCAUGCCAAACCUCCAGAUGUUGAUCUGAAAGAGUUCUUCACAGACAGGAAGACUCACCUCUAUACCCUUGUGAUGAAUCCGGAUGAUACAUUUGAAAUCUUCAUUGAUCAGAAAGUUGUGAACCAAGGGAGCUUGCUAGAGGAUGUGGUCCCACCUAUCAACCCACCCAGAGAAAUUGAUGAUCCCAGCGAUAAGAAGCCAGAUGAGUGGGAUGACAGAGCCAAAAUCCCCGACCCCAGCGCAGUCAAGCCGGAGGACUGGGAUGAAAAUGAACCUGCCCAAAUAGAAGACUCAAGUGCUGUUAAACCUGAUGGCUGGCUUGAUGAUGAACCGAAAUUUAUCCCCAAUCCUAGUGCCAAGAAGCCUGAUGAUUGGAGUGAUGACAUGGAUGGAGAAUGGGAGGCACCACGUAUGCCUAAUCCAGCCUGUCAGAUUGGAUGUGGCGAGUGGAAACCCCCUAUGAUAGAUAACCCAAAAUACAAAGGAGUCUGGAAACCGCCAAUGAUCAAUAAUCCUAGCUACCAGGGAAUCUGGAGUCCUCAGAAGAUCCCUAACCCCGAUUAUUUUGAGGAUGACCACCCAUUCCUUCUGACUUCUUUCAGUGCUCUGGGCUUAGAGCUUUGGUCUAUGACUCCCAACAUCUACUUUGAUAAUUUUAUCAUCUGUUCAGAAAAGGAGGUGGCAGAUCGCUGGGCUGCAGAUGGCUGGGAACUGAAGAUAAUGGUGGCGAAUGCUAACGAGCCUGGUGUGCUCAAACAGCUAACCACAGCAGCAGAGGCGCGCCCAUGGCUCUGGCUCUUGUACCUUGUGAUGGCUGGGUUGCCCAUAGCAUUAGUUACUUCAUUUUGUUGGCCAAGAAAAGUAAAGAAAAAAUAUGAAGACAUGGAUCCUAAGACAAAUGACAUAUGUAAACCGCAGACCAAGGCUGCUCUGGAACAAGGGGUAGAGGAGGAGAAGGCCCCGGAGAAGCCAGAAGAUUUGGAAGAGGAAAAGAAACCCAGUGAUGGUGACAUGGUCAUCGUUGAAAAGGAGGAAGUUGGUGAACCGGAAGAGAAGAGAGAAGAACGGGAAACCAUAGAAGGGCAGGAGGAAAUGGACAAACUGAAUAAAUCUGGAUCAGAGGACGAGAUGAAAGAAGCCGACGAGAGCACAGGGUCUGGAGACGCACCAGUGAAGUCAUUACGCAAGAGGAGGGUACGGAAGGACUGAUGUGUCUCAAGUAUUCCAAAUCCCCAAGAGAGAGAGCUGGCAUCCUAAAGUUAGCGUGCCCCAAAGGACAGUGAAUCCAUCUGCACAAACUCUUUCUAAAUAUCUAGCAAUGUUACUUUUUCAGAUACUUCUUUCUUUCUUUCUUUUUUUGGGGGGAAAGUAACUUUGAAGUUAACUGGUCUUUGAAUUUAGAAUAAAAGAAAAGUGGCACAUUA